GUAUUUUUGCGUUGUGAUUUUCUGGUAUAUAAGGGAGAUCGUUUAACUUGUGAACACUGAAGACAGUCGUCAUGAAGUUCCUGAUCUUGGCAUUCUUUGUUGCUGGUGCCUACGGGUGUGGGCUGCCCACUUUCCCUCCUGUGGUGACCAGGGUGGUCGGAGGCGAUGACGUGAGGCAGAACAGCUGGCCCUGGCAGGUGUCUCUCCAGUACAAGGGCAGCAACGGUAACUUCUACCACACCUGCGGUGGCACUCUGAUCUCCUCCAACUGGGUCCUCACUGCUGCUCACUGCAUUGGCAGUCGCACCUAUAGAGUCUACCUGGGCAAGCACAACCUGGAGGUCAGCAAUGAGCCAGGUUCCGUGGCUAUCAGCCCUUCUAAGAUCAUUGUCCAUCCUCAGUGGGAUUCCUACAGAAUCCGCAAUGACAUUGCCCUGAUCAAGCUGGCUAGCCCUGUUUCCUUCAGUAGCUCCGUCAUGCCUGCCUGUCUUCCUGACUCUGGCCAUGUCUUGUCCCACAAUGCCCCUUGCUAUGUCACUGGUUGGGGACGUCUCUGGACCGGUGGCCCCCUGGCUGAUGUCCUCCAGCAGGCUCUCUUGCCCGUGGUCAGCCAUUCCGUCUGCAGCCAGCCCGACUGGUGGGGCAGCCUGGUCACCAACAGCAUGAUCUGUACCGGAGGCGAUGGUCAGCUGGCCAGCUGCAACGGUGACUCUGGCGGACCCCUGAACUGCCAGAGCCCCGAUGGAUCCUGGGAGGUUCACGGUGUGGUCAGCUUCGGCUCCAGCAUGGGCUGCAACUACCCCAAGAAGCCCUCUGUCUUCACCCGUGUCAGCGCCUACACUUCCUGGAUGAGCAGUGUGAUGGCCAGCAACUAAAGUGUGGUCAAGAUCAUGAGUUUGGUGAUUAAUUAGUGGAAAUAAUAACAAUAAAAUGACGUAAACUGA